AUGAGCGGCGGCAGGUUUGAUUUCGAUGAUGGAGGCGCCUAUUGCGGGGGCUGGGAGGGGGGCAAAGCCCACGGGCACGGCAUCUGCACCGGCCCCAAGGGCCAGGGCGAGUACUCGGGCUCCUGGAACUACGGCUUCGAGGUGGUGGGCAUCUACACGUGGCCCAGCGGCAACACCUACGAAGGCUACUGGUCCCAAGGCAAGAGGCACGGGCUGGGAAUCGAGACCAAAGGACGGUGGGUUUACAGAGGAGAGUGGACCCAUGGCUUUAAGGGACGGUACGGCGCCAGGCAGAGCAUGAGCAGCGGAGCCAAGUACGAGGGCACAUGGAACAAUGGCCUGCAGGAUGGCUACGGCACCGAGACCUACGCUGACGGGGGCACGUACCAGGGCCAGUUCACCAACGGCAUGCGGCACGGCUACGGCGUGCGCCAGAGCGUGCCCUACGGCAUGGCCUCGGUGGUGCGCUCCCCUCUGCGCACCUCGCUGUCCUCCCUGCGCAGCGAGCACAGCAACGGCACCCUGCCGCAGCAGGACUCGCCCGCCGCCAACGCCGAGAGCCUGCCCCUCUCGCCCACCAUCACCCGCGGCGGCUUCGCCCUCAGCCUCUACGCGGACGCCGAGGCCGCCAAGGCCAAGAAGGGCGGGCUCUUCCGCAGGGGCUCCUUGCUGGGCAAGCUGAAGAAGUCCGAGUCCAAGUCGUCCCUGGCCAGCCAGAAGAGCCGAGUCAGCUUCCUCAAGAGCGAGAGCGGGAUCAGCUCGGCCGCCAGCGAUGCCACCUCCACCGUCAGCCUGGGCGAGGGCGCCGAGGGCGAGGAGUACACCCCGUUCGAGUCCGACAUCGACGCCACCACCACCGAGACCUACAUGGGCGAGUGGAAGAACGACAAACGCGCCGGCUUCGGCGUCAGCGAGCGCUCCAGCGGGCUCAAGUACGAGGGCGAGUGGCUGGACAACCUGCGGCACGGCUACGGCUGCACCACGCUGCCCGACGGCAAGAAGGAGGAGGGCAAGUACCGCCACAACGUCCUGGUCAAGGGCAUGAAGAAGCGGGUGAUACCCCUCAAGAGCGCCAAGAUCCGGCAGAAGGUGGACAGGAGCGUGGAGGGGGCUCAGAGGGCAGCGGCCAUUGCCCGGCAGAAGUCGGAGAUUGCGGCAUCCAGGACGGCUCAUGCCAAGGCCAAGGCUGAAGGCUCUGAGCAGGCAGCUCAGGCAGCCAACAACGAAUCAGGCAUAGCCAGAAUGAUGGCCAGGGAGCUCUCCCCAGACUUCUACCAGCCAGGCCCCGAGUACCAGAAGCGGAAGCUGCUGCAGGAGAUCAUCGAGAACGCCGAGCAUGCGGUCAACAUGGAGGAGGAGGCGCCACGGCCCGAGGCCGCCCCGCCGCCCCCCACGCCUCCCGAGAGCCCCCAGCUCCACGAGCAGGAGGAGCCACAGCCCCGCACCAGCCCGGCGCCCAGCCCUGCCGCCACCCCUCCCGAGGCCAAGCGGGCCAAGGCGGCUCCCCGGCAGGACGGGGCCCUGCGGCCGGGCAGCUGGGCCGAGGCGGGCGGGAGGGCGGGUGAUGGCAGCCCAGCACCCUCUGAGGGCGAGGGCCGGCCGGCCUCGCGGGGCCGCGGCCGUGCUGCCGAGCAGAUGGAGAUCGGGCCGCUGCAGCGCAUGGCGCGCGAGCCCGACGUCGAGCACUUCAAGGGCUACCACAGCUACGCCGUGCGGACGUCACCGGUGACCCCCGCCACGGACUAUGAGGAAGAGCAGUUCCCUGAGAAUGAGCCGCCCUCCCCGGAGCCCCGAGGGGAGCCCCAGCGCCGGGGGGGCACCCCUGGCCCGCCACAGGGCCGCGAGGAGAAGCCAUCGGCGGCGGCGGCGGAGGCCAAGCCGGAGCCGCCUCGGGCCAAGGAGCCACAGCAGCAGCAGCGCCCCAGCCCCGAGCGCAGGGCCCUGGGCCGGGCCGAGCCCGCGGCCGACAGGAAGACUGAGGCCAGGGCACCCGGCCGGACCGAGCCCAAGGCAGGGGCCAAGCGCGGCCCGGCCCAGGCGGCGGCAGUGGUGGCAGCACAGAAGGCGGAGGAGUGUGAAGAGGGACCUAACACAAUCGUGAUCUGCAUGGUCAUCUUACUGAACAUUGGUCUGGCCAUCCUAUUUGUACAUUUUUUGACAUGA